AUGGCGUCCCAGAUCAACGACAACACCGAGUACGACUUCGCCAGCGCCAACGCCGGCGCGGCGCCGACGUUCCCAGUGCAAGCGAACCACCUCAAGCAAGGCGGCUUCGUCGUCAUCGACGGCCACCCGUGCAAGAUCACCAACAUCGCCAAGUCGAAGCCGGGCAAGCACGGCCACGCGAAGGUCGUCGUGACGGGCACCGACAUCUUCACGGGCAAGAGGCACGAGGCCGGCGGGCCCGCUGGCCACAGCAUGGACGUGCCUGAAGUCCGGCGCACGAGUUACAUGCUGCUCAACGUCGGGCGCGACGGCUUCCUGACGCUCUUUGAUGGGGCCACUGGGGGCCAGAAGAUUGAUGUUAGGACCCCUGAGGGAGAGCUGGGUGAGAAGAUCAAGGAGAAGUUCUGGGGCGGCAAGGACUGCAAUGUGGUGGUGCUUGGUGCUAUGGGCCAGGAGAUUGCUGUUGAGGUUGUUGAGAGGGAUCGUGAGUGA